UUACGGCCGCCGGCGAGCCCCGCGGCGGUGCCGCUGCCUGUGUCUCGGGGGGCGAUGGCGACGUACGUGAGCGAGCUGGAGGCGGCCAAGAAGAGCCUGAGCGAGGCGCUGGGCGAGAACGUGAAGCAGUACUGGGCCAACUUGAAGCUCUGGUUCAAGCAAAAGAUUAGUAAGGAGGAGUUUGACCUGGAAGCGCGCAGGCUUCUCACGCAAGACAAUGUGCACUCUCACAACGAUUUCCUCCUGGCCAUUCUCACCCGAUGCCAGAUCCUGGUUUCUGCCCCAGAGGGUGCUGGCUCUCUGCCCUGGCCAGGGGGCUCUGCAGCCAAGCCUGGAAAGCCCAAGGGCAAGAAGAAGAUUUCCUCGGUCCGACAGAAGUUUGAUCACCGAUUCCAGCCUCAGAACCCCCUGUCUGGAGCCCAGCAGUUUGUGGCAAAGGAGCCUCAGGAGGAGGAUGAUCUGAAGCUGUGCUCUCACACCAUGAUGCUGCCCACUCGGGGGCAGCUGGAGGGCAGGAUGAUCGUGACGGCCUACGAGCACGGGCUGGACAACGUCACGGAGGAGGCGGUCACCGCCGUGGUGCUGGCCGUGGAGAGCCACCUGAAGGACAUCCUGAGCUCGGUGAUCUCCAGGAGGAAGGCCUACCGGCUGCGGGACGGCCACUUCAGGUACGCCUUCGGCAGCAACGUCAGCCCCCAGCCCUACCUGCGGAACAGCGCCGCGGCCUACAGCUGCCUGAUGGAGGGCCCUGCCAGCUGCGGGACGCCGUCGGCCGGCCAGGGCCUGGCCGCUCAGCCGCCGCCUGACGACGCGGAGCAGCAGGCAGCCCUGCUGCUGGCGUGCUCCGGGGACGCCCUGCCCGCCUGCCUGCCCCCGGUGAACAUGUUCGACCUGUUGGAGGCGCUGCAGGUGCACAAGGAGGUGAUCCCUGCCCACACUGUCUAUGCUCUGAACAUCGAGAGGAUCGUGAUGAAGCUCUGGCACCCGAACCACGAGGAGCUGCAGCAGGACCGGAUCCACCGCCAGCGCCUGGCCGCCAGGGAGGGCCUCCUGCUCUGCUAGAGCUGGCUGCAGGCCUCGGGUGCCUUCGGUGCUGCGCCCUGGGACUGGCACUCAGGUGCUUCCUGCAGCCCUGGGCCAGCACUGCAGGGCUGCUGUAAGCUGGCAGUCAGCUCUUCCUAUGGAAACGUGACUGAGCUGUGCAGGUCCCUGCGGCCCUGCAGGCCCACGGAGCUGGAAGGGGGGAAGGAGAUCUG